AUGCACAUCACACCCGCGGGACGUGAGCCCAUAAACGAGCUCAAAAAGCUCCUCAAAGAAAUGCUACGCAUCGUCACCUCCGACGGACGCGUCUUCAUCGGCACAUUCGUCGGCACCGACCAGCUGCUCAACGUCCUCCUCGUCAACACGGAGGAGUACCGCGUGCACCCGACCGCGAACGCGAACCCCAACGGCCGCUUCGUCGGGCAGGUUAUGAUUCCGUGGCGGCUCAUCAUGCAGGUUGAAGCACCCCUCCGCAAGACGUCGCGAACGGGCAACGGGAUCCCGCCCAGCGGCGAGAUGGGCGCGCUGUACAUAUAA